ACAAUCCACUCCAGAUCCAAUGCAACCCGCCAAGGCCGACUGCUACGAGCUCGAGGACUUGACACGACGAGAUGGCAUCUUUCGAUUUCUAGUGCCAGAACUGAACGAAGUAGGCCGGGAUUUCAAUGAGCGCUAUUGCGCUUUCACUUUGGAUGGCCCCGCCUGGACGGUGAUACAGAGUCGCGGACCCUACCAAACGCAGGAGAACUUUAAUCGCACCUGGGACGAGUAUCGCACAGGGUUCGGCAGUUUGGAGAGGGACUUCUGGUUUGGCAACGAAUUCAUACACAAGAUUGUCUAUCGCGACGAUCACAUGCUGCGCAUCGAGCUGGAAGAUCAGGAGGGGACGCGAGAUUGGGGCGAGUACGCGGUGUUCCGGCUGGACAGUGAGAGCUACAACUACCAGUUGGUUAUCGAUGGCUACCAGGGUUCCAUGCCCGAUGCCCUGGAGUACCACAACAAGAUGGAUUUCAGCACUUGUGACCGUAGGAAUGACCAAAGCCCGCGCGAGAGUAUCCCCUGUGCGGUGCGCUUUGGCAGCGGCUGGUGGUUCGAUCGUUGCCAGGAGUGCAACCUCAAUGGGAUCUACCCAGGAUCGGGCCGUUCGGGUAUCAUCUGGGCAGACUGGCGGAGCGGUAAUUAUACCUUGAAGACGGCCCGCAUGAUGAUACGACCCGUACGAUUUGUUCCGGCCACCGCGACGACAUUUACGACGAGUAAUCCUGGAGCACUUUUAAAAUUUAAAUAG